CUUGAGCUAGAGAAUGCUUGUGCAUCACAAAAUCUCCUAAGCCUUUUAAAGAAAAAAAUAAAAAUAAAAAUAUUUGAAAAAAUGAUGAUGAUGAUUGAAUCAACCAUGGCCGCCCGAUUUCCCGCCGGCGCUAAUUUCUGUUCCUCCUCCGCCUUAUCUCAUUAUCGUUCCAUCUCUAACUCGGAGGAAGUUUCCGGUGUCCACGUCACCUCACGCCGGCUUGCGCACUGUGGUUGCUUCAGCACUCCUUGGAAUAAAUUUCAAAGAUUAAAUGGCAACUCCAUCGUGAGAAGAACUAGUCUUAUAAGGAACAGGACUCGAGCAUCAGCCGAGUAUUUGGGCUCAGCGUCAGAUCCUGUGAAGCAGAAUGGGAGGCCAAGGUAUCAUCCUUUUGAGGACAUUGCAGAGUCAACGUCAGAGAAUAGUGGGGACGCUAGACUAACUAAUGCAGAAACUACUAGGACCGUUAUUGAGGUGAAUAGUAAGGCAACGUUGAUGAUUACAAAUUUGAUUAAUGAUGAAGUCGAUGAUAACAUUAUUUGGCCAGACUUGCCUUAUGUAACUGAUGAACAUGGAAAUAUAUACUUUCAAGUGAAGCAUGAGGAGGACAUUUUGCAAAGCCUAACUUCAGAGAAUAACAUUAUGCAAGUGAUAAUAGGCUUUGAUACUACGGAAAUGAUCAAGGAGAUGGAGUUACCAAUAUCGGGUCCAUCAGAAAUUGGUUUUGGAAUUGAAGAGAUUGAAGGUGAAGAUAGUGAUGUUGAAGAUGAUGAGGAGGAUGAAGGCGAGGAAGAUGACAGUUAUGAUGAUGAAUGGGAUAACGUUCUUGAGGAUGAAGAUGAAGAUGAGACACUUAGAGACUGGGCAAAAUUGGAUACUAUGCGUUCUUCUCAUCCGAUGUAUUUUGCCAAAAAGCUUUCUGAGGCUGCUUCAGAUGAUCCUGUAGAUUGGAUGGAGGAGCCUCCAGCUGGAUUAGCUAUUCAAGGCUUCUUAAGGCCUGCCUUAAUUGAAGAACACUCUGACAUCCAAAAGCAUAUAUCUGGCAAUCAGUCCCAUGAUGCCGAUAUUGAUCAGGUCGGGAUAAUUGUAGAAAAUGAACCAGAAAAUCUUCAUAUAGUCAAUGGUCAUAGGCAUGGAUCAGAGUCAUCCAAAGACAAUUCGAUCUUAGAAGAAGAGUCAAAGAAGGUUGAUAUCCCAAUGAAUGGGACUUCAUUUUAUAAGUUGGAGAUGAUUAAAGUUCAGCUCAUUUUGGCUCACGGAUACCAGGCUAUUGUUGAAGUAGAAGACGUCAGGACUGCUCAACCUGAUGCUAUUGUGCACUCAGCAGCCAAAAUUAUAUCUCAUCUGAAAGCUGGUGGAGAAAAGACCAAACAAGCUCUCAAGUCUUUAUGUUGGAGAUCCAAGGGUAUUCAAGUGGAGGAGGCAGCACUUAUUGCUGUAGAUUCUCUUGGAUUUGACUUGAGAGUUUGUUCGGGGACACAAAUCCAGACAUUGCGGUUCGCAUUUAAGACACGGGCUACGUCAGAGUAUAGUGCUGAGAGGCAGCUUAAUGACCUACUAUUUCCAAGGAUCAAUCCAAAGCCACAAAAAAGGAAACAGACAGACGUUACAAAAUGAAUGCUUGCACCAAAAUCUAAUUUAUUUUUGGAUGUGCUUUGUACAUUAUUGGGCCAGAUGUUGAUUAUGGCCAAUUUAUGUAUUUACUGAA